AUGGGAAAGUCAUCUAAGGAUAAGCGCGAUGCUUACUAUCGUCUCGCCAAAGAACAAAAUUGGCGUGCGCGAUCCGCCUUCAAAUUGAUUCAGAUCGACGAACAAUUCGACCUUUUCGAACACGAGAACCCCGAAAAAGUGACAAGAGUCGUUGACCUUUGUGCCGCACCAGGAAGUUGGAGCCAGGUUCUAAGUCGAGUCUUGAUCAAGGGUGAAAGUUUUGGACGCAGAGCAUGGCUUGAGAAGAAGCAGAAAGAGCAACAGGCUCUGCAAAAGGGCUCGAACCAGGAUUCCAGUGACGACAAGGACCUCGAAGAUCUCUAUGAAAUUGGAGAAUGUGACCCCAGCGCCGAAUUGAAGCCUCGCAAGAAUGUCAAGAUUGUCUCUAUCGAUUUGCAACCAAUGGCACCUCUGGAGGGAAUUACCACUCUCAAAGCCGAUAUCACCCACCCCUCUACGAUUCCUCUGCUCCUUCGCGCCUUGGACCCGGAAGCCUACGAAUCAUCUUCAGACUCUCCCUCCACAACCCCUGCGCCUAUAAGACAACCGCACCCUGUCGAUCUAGUUAUCUCAGAUGGUGCACCCGAUGUCACCGGACUCCACGACUUGGAUAUCUACAUUCAAUCCCAAUUGCUAUAUGCUGCUUUGAACCUUGCCAUGGGUGUCCUUCGCCCAGGCGGCAAGUUCGUAGCGAAGAUCUUCCGCGCUCGUGAUGUCGACCUACUUUAUUCGCAACUGCGCACCGUUUUCGAGAGAGUUAGCGUCGCGAAGCCCCGUAGUAGUCGUGCUAGCAGUCUGGAGGCAUUCAUUGUGUGUGAGGGAUUUAUCCCGCCUACCGGUGAUGACAGUAUCGCUGGAAUGGCCGCAUUGAAGAAUCCUCUUUUCGGCGGUGCUGCAAACCCGAAGCCUGUCUCCGAGGAUGGAAAUCUCGCCGUUGAAGUACCCGAUGACGAUGAGAACGAUGCGCCUCAACCGAUUUUGACUAAUUCUGCUGAGGUCAAUGCUGCUUCAAACCACUUUACACAUAUCAGCUACCUGCAUCCAUCCACAUCCCCAUUGGAUCCUCCUUCUACCCAGAAGCCGCCCUCUAAAUUUGCCGAGGAAAACCGAUGGAUCCCAUCCUUCGUCGCUUGUGGUGAUCUUUCUGCUUGGGAUUCAGAUGCUUCCUACACUCUGCCACCAGACUAUGUGCAUUUGGAUCCUGUUCAACCACCUACCGCUCCUCCGUACCGUAAGGCGUUGGAAAUGAAGCAGAGAUUGGGUGGUAUGCACGGAAAGACUAAAUAUGCGCAACCGAAGAAGGAGUAA